AUGACGACCUCAUCGUACCCACUUCAGCCCUCUGAGCCCGUCGACCCGGUUCACGGUCCUUCCAAGACGCAGAAACCCCUCAACGUCCGAGCCAACGGUCACGGAGCCACCACGACUACAGACGCCUCCUCCCGCCAGCGCAACAAGACGGCACCCCUCCUCCCGGUUGAUCCGCUGAAGGGCAAGAUCGACAAUGUCCGAAAACUCCAGCUGCUCGCAAGAGACUUUCGCUCCGACACCAUCACCGCGCCUACAGAGUCCAUGAUCCGAGCCAUGGCCGAGGCCUCCCGCGGCGACGACGUCUAUGGCGAAGACGAGACCACCAACUCGUUCCAAGCUGAAAUUGCCGCGCUCACGGGCAAGGAGUCGGCCAUCUACGUCCCCUCUGGAACGCUGUCCAACCAGCUCGCGCUGCGAACGCACCUCCACCAGCCUCCGCACACUGUGCUGUGCGACACGCGCUCGCACAUCCACCGCUACGAGGCGGGUGGCAUCGCGUUCCACUGCGGAGCAUCCACCGAGCUGGUCGCACCCUCCAACGGACACCAUUUGCGAUGGGACGAAGACAUCAAGCCCAACCUCACCCUCAGCGAUGACAUUCACUUUUCGCCCACGCGCAUCAUCUCGCUCGAGAACACGCUCAAUGGCACCAUCUUCCCGCAGGACGAGAUCGUCAAGAUCUCCACCGAGGCUCGCAAGUUGGGUCUCGUCAUGCAUCUGGAUGGAGCUCGUAUCUGGAAUGUCGCUGCUGAAACCGGUCUCUCGCUCAAAGAGCUGUGCGACCCGUUCGACACUGUCUCGCUCUGCCUGAGCAAGGGCCUGGGCGCUCCGAUCGGAAGCAUCCUCGUGGGACCAUCGCAGUUCAUUAAAAAGGCUCGUCACUUCCGAAAGCUCUACGGUGCCGGCGUGCGACAGGUGGGGCCGCUCGUUGCAGCGGCGCGUGUCGGGGUGCUGGAGAACUAUCCCAAGCUGGCGGGGACGCAUCAGUUGGCGCGCUACGCGGGCGAGGAGUUGGAAAAGCUCGGCGUCAGGUUGACCGCUCCCGUAGAGACGAGCAUGGUGUUCCUCGAUACGUCGUCGAUCGACAUUCCGAUUCCCGAGUUGGUUGGCCGUGCGGCUGCGUUGCCCACGCCGAUCAGGCUGGGAGGUGGACGAAUGGUGAUUCACUACCAGGUUGAGAAGGCGGCUAUUGAUGAGUUGCUCGAGUUGAUCCGCAAGAUGAAGCAGGAGAAGAAGGAUGGGACCGGUCCGGCGACGAGGGUUGUCGAAGGCGGAGCGGGCCUCUACUCGAGCAGUAUGGCUGGUGGAAAGUCAGCUUCUGCUGGCACUGGUUCGCAGGCCACUGGCGGACACCAACGUUCGUCCAGCGUCGAUCGCGGUGUGGUCUUCCAAACCAUCGGUACAUCCUCGCGCAAGUCGUCCGACGAGAUGCGCCACAGCGUCUCGCUCGUCCUGCCCUUCCCCGACCGCGAAUCCGCCCAGACGCUCCAGCAAUCCAUCUCCGUCGACAAGGAACUCAAGCCCAAAGAAGUGCGCAAAGAGCUCACCAUCCUCAACCCCAACUCGAGCGCUUCCACCGUCGAGCUGGGCGUCAAGAUCUUUGCCACCACAGUGAGGCAGCUGCGUCUCAGCGUCAAUGCCUUCCUCGAAGACGCCAGCUUGAUCUGCCAGACCAUGGCCCACUUUGAUCCGCUCCAGAGACAGAUUGAUGAGGCCAAGAAGAUCCAAUUGGAGAAGGAGCUCGAGCAGGGCUCCGUCGGCAUCGCCGGUUAA